AUGAACUGGUUGCAGUUUGUCACAGUUUUUGGCACUGCUCUCCAAUGUCUUUCUGCAAUUUCAUUCCAAUCCGAGUGUAAUGUUCCCUUGUCUAAAAAUGACAGUUUGAGUGAAAAGCUGAAAUUUCUUCAGUCAUACAAGGUCUCUGGAGUAAUCACUAACUGGAUGAGUAAAAAUGUUGCUUCCGUGUUGGAGCUCUCAAAAUCUGAUCGAGUAUCAACGCUGAUUUCGGAUCGUGAAACUACGUUGCACUGGAUUUCGAUCGGACCUGAUCAAAAAUUUCUUCACAACCAAACGUCUGGGAAGUGUGGCACUGCCACAACGUCUCCAUUGGCUGCCUACACUCCACUGUCCGCGAUAUCAAAGGACCUCUCCUCUUUGUCCACUUUGGUCGCGGGUUUGGUAGAGUUCUCCAAAACGUCGCAAGGAGAAUUUCGAGGUAACCGUGUGGUCGCUGGAGUUGAAGGAGUUCAUUGGGUUGCAUGCGUGAAUGGUACUAAUGAAACAGCUAAUCUACAAGUUGAGGUGAUAUUUGCCGGCGAUUCGAGUGAAUCUCUCAAGCCACCUUCACCGCAUUUCAAUAAUCCAACGAUGCUUUUCCUACAGGUUGCAGAGUUAGGGAAAUUCUCAGACAACAGUACUCUGAAGUCCCUGCUCUCACUGGAAUUUGACGGCUAUAGUGAUGCUACUCCUGAAGAUGAGCACUGGUUUGGGACUCCACCUGGUACUAUUUGUGAAGGAUGGAAAGAGACCAAAAUUCCUUUGAAUGCCUCUGAUCCGUUUAGCGCCAUUGUUCAGCACAUCGAUGAGAAGAAAUCUGUGUCCGAGUCAGCAUUGUACUAUUCGUCAAGGGAACAACUGGUGGUUGUAAGUGGUGCAAGAAGAAGCGAUGUGGUACCAUUCAUCAAUGAGAAAGAAGUUCCUAAAGAAGCAACAACAGUCGUGCACGAUUUUGGCAAAGGUUACGAGUAUGCUCUGGAUUCUGACCGUUGUAUACGUCUUUCUGCAUUACCUAACAAUACUGAUGAUGUUCUUUCGACUUCCGAAGGGAUCUUAUCCAUGAAGCCAAUUGCUCAAAUUCUCCUGGCGGCCGAUUUAAAGUACGGAAACUAUGGUCAGUUAACAACCGCAAACGGGCGAACGUUGGAUAUUUACCGCGGAGUUGAUAACAAGACAAAUGACAUUGUGGAAGCUCGUUUUGAUGGUGAUCAGUUGGAGAGUUACUCCAUAUACAAGCUUGUGAAUAGCACACCAACUCUAUCGUCACACAUGCGAUUCACUCGAGGUUUAUCCGAUGUUAUGUCCAGUUUUACCGAAAACAUUCGUAACUGUUUCGCAAUGUCGUCAUCUUCCUUCAAUGAAAACAGCACGUUUACCUUUGAAGUGAAGUCAAGAUCGCUCAAAGACGUUUAUAUCCAAGGAAUCGAAACUGUUUCAGCGGCACUUGCAAGCGCCUUAGUUCAAAUCGCUCCUAUUAAUCCAUAUCGUGUUAGAAUCUUCUAUGACACAGGUGUGGGAAAGACGUUAAGGGUGUUCUUCUCUAUCGGUGAGAAAACUGAUGUGAAGCCUAGUGCUGUGCCAAAAUACAAUUUCACGGGAAGUGACACUGCCGAGGAGGUUGCUUCUUCGGUACUUCUUGAGAAAUUGAAUGCUACAAUUACUCAGGGGGACUGGAAAUUCUCCGUACCAACUCGUGAUGAAAAACAGGAUUGGAUCGUGAAAAUGCAGUCACUUAACCGAUACACUCCACCGUCUUCGACUCCUGGUCCUUCUUAUUCGGGGUAUACAGGAGGUGCCAUGUUCGUUCUGGGAGUGUUCUCGCUGCUGUUAGGAGUUGCCAUCGGUGCUGGAAGCGUCUUUUUCGUGACAAGAAGGCAACGCAUUUCUACACUUGCAUACCAAGUUUUUGAGUGA